CAAAGCAUUAGUAAGUCAACAGCCACGAUAACAAUAUCGCUUUUUUAAGUCAGUUAUUAGAUUUAUUUUGUAAAAUAAUAACAAAUAAUUAUUAUAUUUUAUAAUAAAAAAUCUGUAUAAAACAAGUUGAAGAAAAAUACUUAAGUAAACAAAAUAUAAAUUCUUGGUGAAAAAAAUAUUUAUUUGGUGAAGAAUUGAACAACAACUGUUGCAUCUGUAAGUUGUUUCACACAAUGGCCGAAAAUGAAGAAUGUAAAAUUUGUCUCGCCUCGAAAGCGGAUAAUACUCCAAUGCUUAACAUCAUAACAAUCGAUGAAUAUGAAAAUUUAACUGGAAUCACACUGGGACCACGGAAAGUUAAAAAAAUAUAUGUAUGCAAAAAAUGUGCACGCGAUAUUAAAGAAGCAAGGGAAAUUCAUAAUAAAAUUAUAACAAGUUUAGAGGAAAGAAAGACUCGUGCCCAGGCUGAAUGUGGUAAUAUUUGUGCCCUUAACAGUGAGCCUAUAACUGACAUUUCUCGACACGAACAGUCAGAGCUAAUUGCCAAUUUGCUAAGACGUGAAUUGGAAUCUGACGAGCAGGGCAAAGAAUUUGUUUGCCAAAAUUGUUUUGUUAAAAUUGAUAAUGCCAACAAAACUUGUAAGAAAAUAAUUGAAAGUUUAAAGGACUUUCAAUGCACUCCACAAAAAUCAGCUACUAAAUCUGAAGCUGCUGGAAAUACUCCCUCCCCAAAAACACCGAAGCAGAAAGAACUUACAAAUGAAACGAAAAACAAUGAUUUACCAUCAACAACUGGUACUACACCAAAAACUUCCAAGCCAAAAAAAGCCACAAAUGUAUCGGUCAAUAAUAAAUCAUCUCCAACAACUGCUACACGGAAAAUAUCAACUAAUGACGAUGAUAGUUUGGAAGAAAUAGUUCAAAAAGUAAAGAAAUUGAAUAUUAAAAAAUAAGUUUCAAUAUUCAUAAUAACUUUUUAAAUUUGUUUUAUAAACCUUUGAUAAAUUAAAAAAUCGAUUAUGAAUAAGGCCUAUAAUAAGUAUGUAUGUAUAUAAAAUAAAAUUAAAAAAAAAAAAACUACUUACCAACAUUAACACGACGUCUGGUUAUGCCUUAACUAAUAGUUAUAGAUACUGUCGUUUAAAAUUAUUUUUGUAUGAAAACUGUCAGUAUAACUAUUAGUUGAAACAUAACCAGACUUCGUGUUACUGGGGGUUAGUUGCAUUUUGUUUUUGGUUUGAAA